AUGGCGAGAGUAACGAUCGAUGAGAUUAAGAAGAUGCUAGAAACAGAAAAAGAAUUGACUUCUGUGAUGGACAAAACGAGCAGAAUGUUGAAACGAAGUUCUGAAGCGCUGGAGAAAUACAUGACAAUAUCCGGCAAGCAAAUGGAAGUAAUGGAAAAGCACACGAAAGCGCUGGAAAGGAAUACCGAAACGAUGGAAAAGUACAUCGAAAUCAUGGAGAAUCAACUAACAAAAGAUCGACAUAGGAAACGAAGCGAGCGGAUAAGAUUGCCAAGCACAUCUUCGGAAAUCAUGGAAAUUUCAAUUCCGCCACUUCCAACACCUGCAACUCCGGAGCCUACUGUCAAGAAAGCCAAGGUCGAAGUGCAGGUUGAUAACUCGACUUCAAGCACUCAGUACAAAGCGAUUUCGAGAUGGUCAGCUCCCACUCAAAUGGAGCAGAUUGCAAUUGCUACACCAAGUCUUUUGAACAUUACACCAAACGUUCAGCCCAGUAGUGGUUCCCAUCAAAUGGCCAGUCAAUUCAGCAAUCCGUUCAGACAAAAGAUGACCGGUUGCAUAUAUUGCAGUGAUAACAACUACGGUCACACUAGCGAAAUGUGUCCGAUUCUGAAAGACAGUCUGGCUCGAGUAAACUUCAUGAGACUAAAUCGAUUGUGCUUCACUUGUGCGGAACCAAUAUUUCGCUGUCCUGGCAACUACCAAUGUCGUUUUGCGAAUCGAAAAUGCCAUCACUGCCCGGGCACUCACUUGAACGCCCUGUGCGUUGUGAAGUAUCCGCCGAUCAACCCUUCCAACUCAAAGAGAAGGAAAACAAUAUCAACAGCCAAAAAUGAUGCCUACUCUAGUGCAAUGUUCAAGAAAUCCAUCUAA